AUGGCUGAUACCGAGGCGGCGCCUCAGCCGCAGCCUCAGCAGCAAUCGGAGCAGCAACCCCAACAGCCUGCUAAAGCGUCUAAACAAAAGCAGGUCAUCGCUGAAAAAGUAUCUGGCACAGUGAAAUGGUUCAAUGUGAAAAGUGGAUAUGGUUUUAUUAACAGGAAUGACACCAAGGAAGAUGUGUUCGUGCACCAGACUGCGAUUGCUCGUAACAACCCGCGCAAGGCUGUGCGCUCAGUUGGCGACGGUGAGACGGUGGAGUUUGCCGUGGUGGCCGGCGAAAAGGGCUACGAGGCAGCCGCUGUGACCGGGCCCGGCGGGGAGCCCGUGAAGGGUUCGCCCUACGCGGCAGACAAGCGGCGUGGAUUUCCCCGUCAGUACUAUCCGCGCGGAGGCCGUGGUGGAGGCCGCGGGCGCGGCGCCCACGGACCGCCCGGACCACCCGUCGCCGGAGCGCCACAUGAUGAUCAAGAAGCUCCGCCGCAGCGCUAUUUCCGCCGCAACUUCCGCGGUGGCGGUGGAAGACGCGGUGCCGGCCGGCCGUUGUACCGUGGUGGUUACCGCACGGUGCGCCAGCGCAACCCAGCGCGCGCAGCAAUGCCCGCUCCUGCUGCCGAACAGGAUGCGUCCGCCGCCUCCACGACUCAACCCAAGCCGAAGGCGGGCGCCACUAUCGAGGCCACCACCAAUGAAAGCCAGGCCUAA